GGCUCAUCAGUGAACUGCACUUUCUUUGGUGCCAGCUGGAACUGUCUAGGUUGUAGGAGUAGGGAGGAAGGAGGCUUGUGCCAUCUUAUCAGUUUUCCCACAGAGGAGUUGAAGACUCCACCCUUGACUAACACUUGACUUCCUUUUGAUUGCUGUGUCCUUUUUAACACCCUAACAUAAUGUCUAGUGUAUAACUCUAUAGUGAUUCCCCUUAAUACUUUUAGCUUCAAACCUAAUCCCCUCCUUCAUAGUGUGAUGUCUUGGUCUCUUCAUUCUAGGACUUCUGAUUCUAUUUCACUAACCAUACAUCCCACCUUUGACCUUGAUGCUACCCAGAUGUGUAACUGUCUCAGGCCUUUUUUGCUUGUCCGUUUGAAGAUUGAAAGCAUCCUCCUACUUUUUGGUUUUUGGAGACAGGGCUUCUCUGUAUAGCUCUGGCUGGCCUCAAACUCACUCUGUAGACCAGGCUGGCCUCGAACUCAGAAAUCCGCCUGCCUCUGCCUCCUAAGUACUGAGAUUAAAGGCAUGUGCCACCACUGUCCGGCCCCUCCUACUCUUAAACUUACUAUAUUGCUGUGUUUACUUUUUGAAAUGAUUAAAUUGGACAUAGAAUUUUUCCCUAACCAUUGUAUCGUUUUCCUGUAGAAAUAAAUCAUAAUGAGUUAUGCAGAAAAGCCGGAUGAAAUAACCAAAGAUGAAUGGAUGGAAAAGCUCAAUAACUUGCAUGUUCAACGAGCAGACAUGAACCGACUCAUCAUGAACUACCUAGUCACAGAGGGCUUUAAGGAAGCAGCAGAGAAAUUUCGGAUGGAGUCUGGGAUCGAACCAAGUGUGGACCUAGAAACACUUGAUGAGCGAAUCAAGAUUCGGGAGAUGAUUCUGAAGGGUCAGAUCCAGGAGGCCAUUGCCUUGAUCAACAGCCUCCACCCAGAGCUCCUAGACACAAACCGGUAUCUUUACUUCCACCUUCAGCAACAACACUUGAUUGAGCUUAUCCGUCAGCGUGAGACAGAAGCAGCAUUGGAGUUUGCCCAGACACAACUGGCAGAGCAGGGUGAGGAAAGCCGAGAAUGCCUCACAGAGAUGGAGCGCACACUGGCCUUGCUGGCCUUCGAUAGCCCUGAGGAGUCGCCUUUUGGAGACCUCCUUCACAUGAUGCAGAGGCAAAAGGUAUGGAGUGAAGUUAACCAGGCUGUUCUGGAUUAUGAGAAUCGAGAGUCCACACCCAAGCUGGCAAAAUUACUGAAACUGCUACUUUGGGCUCAGAAUGAGCUAGACCAGAAGAAAGUAAAAUAUCCCAAAAUGACAGACCUCAGCAAAGGUGUGAUUGAGGAGCCCAAGUAGAGCCUGUGCAUGGACCCAGCACUGUCAAUAGGCACAGGACUCUCCCUCCUCCGGCUGUGACUGGCAGAUUGUCACCACAGUAGAGAACCUUUCCCCUGUACUUUUCUUUGGCCCCAUUGUUUAAAAGGGGAAAAUGGCCUUUUUAAACCCUGUCAAGCCCAUGAUGGAAGACACCACCUCUGCCAUGCCCUGUAUCCCGAGAGCUGCACACACUGCUUCCAGAUUGCUGGUUCCAGAAGAUGUAAUUUGCCACUGUGUGCUGCACGGCUAGGGAGUGUCAUCUCAGCUGAAGGCCUCACCCAAGACAGGCAGACAGACAUGAACAUUACUGAUGUGCUUUUCCGACCUGCUAUGUGCAGGCAGGCAGGGGUUAUCUUCCUGGGUCUCACAGACUUUCAUGGUUUUCCUUACCCCUUCUUUUCUUUUUCUUCCUCAUUUUGUUCCUUCAUAGGAAAAAAAUGUAUAAAUUUGUAAAUCUUAAUUCAAAGAUAACUUUUGUGUGGGUAUUGAGUUUGGAUCGGUUUUUUGUCUUGGUGUGGGCUGUGUGGCUUUUGGGAGGGGAUGUGUGUGAGAGAGGUGAGGUUGUGGUGGUUUUUAUUUUUUAAAAUAUAUUUUUGGUGCUGUAUGUGAUGAGAGACUCAUUCAUAGUGGAUCAAUGAAUAAUCUCUUGUAGGUAACUUUAUUUGAAAAUAAAGAUUUCCUUUUACUUCCAGAAUAACCACAAUGGCUUCUAAAAAGUUCUCAUCUCACACAGCCCUUGUUUUGGGUGUCCUUUACCUUGCACAGGGGCAGCACCUUAACUCACAGCUGAAAGACUAAUUGCCAUGUGCCUAGGGAAUGCCCUGCGUAAUAAAUAGCAAAGCAGCCUGGUGUUGAUGGGAUGACUGGCUGGCAUUACCCAGCUGGAUGUUCAUGCUAGCCAGAUUGAACUUAAGUCAUUUCUUAUCUCUUCCUUCAGUGUCAGCAGUGCUGUGUGUCCUGCUUCUCAUCAGCCAUUUUUUACCUGCUCAGUGGAAGGCAGAAAAGACAUUACCUGUAGGGUAUGGUAUGCACAUGUAGGUCGGUGCUCUGAGUGAUGAGUGUAUACAUGUAUUGUGCCUGACACCGGUGUGUUUGAUUUUUGGCAGUGGUCCAGGCCUGAUGGUGUCAGUGCUAAAGGCUGGGGUGGGGGUGCACAAACCUGCAAAGCCCUCAGACAGUUAUCCAUGGAUGUGGAUGGUGAAGAUGAUGUGGGUACUGUCCUUUGGUGGAAGUUCCUGCCUGUCUGACACUAGAGCCAGGAGUUCUGGUACUGGCCAUUAAGAAACACUGUUCUUAGUAAUUACUGAAUUGGGAUUGUUUCCCUUGUUCUUUUUUUUUUUUUUUUUUUUUUUUUUUUUGGUUUUCUGAGACAGGGUUUCUCUAUAUAGCCCUGGCUGUCCUGGAACUCACUCUGUAGACUAGGCUGGACUCGAACUCAGAAAUCUGCCUGCCUCUGCCUCCUGAGUGCUAGGAUUAAAGUUGUGCGCCACCACGCCCGGUUGUUUCGUUGUUCUUGAGCAAUAUUGACUAGCUAGGUCAGACUACAUUUAUUCAAAAGUUUUCUGGCACCUGAGCUGCUCAGAUAACACAGCUGACCAGCUGUCUCUAUCUUGUUCCCUACUUCAGUAUUGUUCAUUGGUAUCUGUUUUUUACCCACAGGAUUCUGUUCUUGUUGGGAUGGAAUGAAGUGUCUUCCAGCUCUCUGCUUCUACUGCAGAGGGCAGGUACUUUGGCAGUAUUUGCCUUAGGAUCACAUUAGUGACAGACUCAAGGAUGAAGUUGUUGCUGUCAUUAUGACCCUGCACUGCUCUUCUGGUCUGUGAGUAAGGAGUGAGCAGAGCUUUCCUUACCUCCUGGACAGGUGGCUUUUUAACAUCAUUGUGAGAUGUAACCUCCCAUCUGGGGUAAGGAUAAGAAUAAGGUAGAGGAGUUUCAGGAGAGACGUGCCUUUGGUUAAGAAGACAUGACAAAUAAUCAUGAAGACCAGAGUCCGGCACCCAGAAAAGUCAGGCAUCCCCCAAAUUCCUGUCACUUCAGUUCCAAGGAAUCUGAUGUCCUCUUUGGCCUCCACAUACACAUAGGCAGGCAGGCACAAGAACACACACACACAUACACACACGUCUUUUUUUAAGGCAGAGGAAAAGGAAGUUUUAAUUUUCAGGUAGCUAAUAGAUUAAAUGAAACAGAAGUUGGGAAGGAGUAUCGAAGAUUAAGUGUUUGUUUUUAAAGCACCAUAUAAAGCCAGGCAUGGUGGCUCCUGCCUGCAAUUACAGCAUUUACAAGGCUGAGGAAGGGUUUUUCCAGUCCAGCCAAGGCUAUAUUAUACAUAAGAUCUUUUCUUAUAUGAAAAAGUACCAGAUAGCUAGCAUAUUUGUAUCUUUUGUUAAUAUAUAUAUAUGAUUACUUAUAUAGCUAAUCACUUUGACGUGUUCUUAAAAUUAGAGGGCAUGAGAUGUAUAGUAAUGGAGGUUCUCUCUGUAGGGAUUAUCCUCAAAUACACAGGAGGCUUGUUGCAUGCAUAAAAUGUUCAGUGGCUGUAAGACAAGGAGUUGACAAUUUACCAACAUUUCAGUCAGUAGCUUAGCUGAUGCCACAGAUACCAGUGACUCUGGAGAACGUCAAAUAGAACUGCUUGCUUAUCCAUGGUCUGUUAGUGCCUAGAAACCCCCUCCAAGGAUUUACAUGUAGACUUUUCCUGUUAGAGCAGACCAAGUAGCUUUAUUUCUAUUUGCACCUUUUGAUGGAAAGUGCCUUGAAAUAAACGAGACAAGAAUAUUCUGGUACUCUUCUCCAACGUCAUACGUAGAGCUGUGCAAGGAAAAACCAAGUUUGAAAUUUUCUAAAGCGUGGUAAUCUUUGCACACUAAAGAUGAGAAUUUGUUUUGUCUCUUGAAUUAUGAUUUGGGUUUGGCAUUUGAGACCCCCUCCUCGCCCCCAUAGUGUAUGUAGUUGAAGACUUUGUAUAGUGACUUUGAGGUGGGGCCUGUAGAACUGAGGUGGGCAGUAUGUCAUCUUUAUUUUCUUUUGUGCUAUUAGUUUUGAAGAGGAGAAACCAGGAGAAUCCUUCCAGAGGGAUUCUUAGAUGUUCCAUGAUAAUGACACUGAUGUGAUCAAGAGAAAGAAGUGGGAUUCCCUUCCAGGUUGUUGCUCUCCAGUCUCAGAACAAUCAAAAGACCAAAUUCCAAAUGUCAGGUUAACAGAACAGUGUGUCUACACCCCUGCAUUUCAACAUGCUGAAUUGUGUGCAGGGGACACCAUGCAGGGGUAUAGACUGUUCACCAGCCUUUGCUUACUGCUGCUUUGUUGACAUGUCUCGUUCUGACACCAUGCAUAUUUUUUGUUUCACAAACAUUGCUUUUUUCAGAUUCUUAGUAAGCCGCCUUGCCAGCAGGAGAUGCAGAGUCUGUAUAAACCUCUAGCUCGCUGGAGCACUCAUGUGUAUAUGUAAUUGUAAUUCUUCAUUGGGGGUAUUUGUAUCCCUGCCACAUAUCAUCUGAGUACAGGUCGGGUAGCUUCUGGGUGCCUGCUGUGAAUUUGUUAGUAAAAGUUCUUAUGUUUUUCCCAGAA